CUGCGAAUAUAACUCUUUAUUUGGCACAAAAAUCCCCAGAAAAACAAGUAACACACAAUGAUGAGCACAACCAAUUGCGAUGAGCACAAUGCACAUGUAUUGUGCAUUGUGCAAUUCCAGGAUGCGCAUCACUAAUAGCAUCGCACCCGUAAUCCGACUAUACAAGAUGCUUUGAAAACAGAAUCCGCGGCAAAAUUCGAGAAAGUUUAGGUACGUGAAGGCACAUCUUGAACAGAGCAACAUAUAACUUUGUAACAAUAGCUAGCUGGUGAAAAACGGUCAUUGGGAAAAAAAGAAAAUUAACAGUGAUUAACAGUGAUAUAACAGUGAAUAAGUGAAGGCACUUAUUACCUUCAAGCAUUAAGACAUAUAAAACUAAUUUGAAGUGUAGGAAGGUAACGCACAAUAACGCUACAAAAAUGUAUAAAGCACAAAGAUGCAACAAAUUCAUGUAGUAGUACCCAUGAUUUCCUGGUAGCUGAGCGAAGUGGUGGUUUUUAACGCUUAACACGUCACACUCAUUCUGUGACUGCAUCUUUGUUGCUCUUGGGUGUUGUUGUGGAGCACCAUGAUUGAAAGGCUAUCAGAAGUGCACCACCGUAAGAGAAACGGGUUUCCAUAGUCCCUUCAAAUUCUGAAAGUCAGUCUUCUAUAACUACACCAGAUUUUGCAUCGAGCGUAAAAGUAUGUUUUAUGAGACAAUUGACUAUAUUUGGGCAAGGGGGGGUAAGUAAUGCUGAGAACAUGAUGUUUCACGAUAGUAUACAAGAUUAUUUACCUGCCGUGAGGGCGUAUAGGCUUCACCAUUCCACUGCUAAGACCAUGGGCGUGGGAUCAAAUCCCGGCCACUGUGGCUGCAUUUCGAUGGAGGCGAAAUGUGCAAACGCCCCUCUACAAUGCACUGGGUGCAUGUUAAAAGAGCACCAGGUGGUCAAAAGUAAUCCGGAGUCCUCCCACUUCAGCAUAUCUCAUAAUAAUACUUUGGUGUUGGCACACAAAAUCCUGGAAUUUUUUAACAAGGCUAUCUCAUGUUUGAUGCAAUAUUAAGGGUGAGAGAAAAGGCUGCAGUGGAGUGAUUUGAGUGGCCUCCCACUCCCUUUCGCAUGGCCAACAGGGGGCCACGGCGUUUUUAAAAAGAUAAGAGGAUCACUUAAUGUGUAGGCCUAUAUGGGAUUACUGCAAAUCACUGGGCAACAUUGGCAUAACCAGUGGUGACCUAUGUAUGAUCUUGAAAACCAUCUAUAAACCACAGUGUAACCUCAUUGCUGUAGCUUUAUAUGUAGUAAAUUGUUACAAUAAUUAGUGGUCCCUGUCUCAGUCAAAUUGCGAGAAUUCCUAUUGCAAAAAGGAACCAUUAUUAAGCUACAAUACCAAGCAAGUUUGGAAACUUUAGCACCCUGAGCGUCUCUCGUUAUCGCUAAUAGCAGGCCGUGAAACUCAAGAGUAGAAAAACCAUGCUGCGGAUAGGAACGUAUGCAAAGGCACAGGUAAAACAAACCUCUCAACACUGCUUGUCCUUUGCCUGUAUCAUAUUCAUAGCGCGUGUUUUCAAGUUCAAUGUGAAUUACCAGCUCGUGCAAGUUUAUGUUAAGCUUGACAUACUCAGGGCGAUGUCAUUUGUCCCUUUGCUGUUUAAGGCAGGGACAAAUGCAGCAAGCAUAUGGCUUGUAGUACAUCUAAGGACCCAUGUUUUUUGCAGAAGUACUACUUUGACCGCCGGCAUCUUGCUGACAAAUUCCUACGGAAGAGUCAGGGAUGCCAUCCGCGUGUCAAGAAUGGCGACUCCAGGAAGGAGCGGAACAAAAAUGGGGACAAGGAGAAUGAUGCAACUGCUGGUGGCAAUUGUCCCAUGGAAGUGCUGCAGCACCCGAGGUAUGUAUGAGAAAAACUUCUACGAAACUGUAGCUGCACAUAGCACCAUUUGCACAACUGCAUAAUUUGUGGCCAUGCUGUUGAUCUGUGACAUCCAGCGCACAGGAACAAUGUUAAUAGCAGUAAAGUGACACUAGAGCAAAACACUCAUUGAGAUAAGACUGACAAAUUGUCCAUUGAAAGGUCUGUAUCGAUUAAUUUUGUGGUGAGAAACAGAUUAAUUGAUGAAAAGAACGAAGGCUUCACUGCAAGUUUUUAAAUUUUGCACUGAAACCACAGCGUUGGCAUGUUAAUGUGAUGCAGAUUUCUGAGUAUUUUGUCACAUUUGCCUUGUUCAAAUUUGCUCAAGAGAAACCCGUCCAUAUUCAGCGAUUUUACGCUCAAGCCUAUGCAUAGUGAAAAGUGAAAGCAAGCAUUACAAAAAGGACAAGAGGCCUUUUCUGGCUUUACUGUAUUCGUCUGCAAGUGCUAGUUAACCAGUGAGGAGCUACAGUGCAUGAAUUAUGGCAUAAAAUAAGAAAGUAUUUUGGCUAACUUACUAUAUGUACUUGAACCUAACGUGCCAACGAAUCUAAUGUGCACCCAACUGUCGUGGGUUUUGAGAAAAUAAAAGUGCAUCUAAAGGCGAUGCGCAGCUGGUUUGUAGAAGAAAAUAUAGCAUGUCACCACAUUCGCUAUCAGAAGCUAAGACGUGGAGAGUUUAACUUCACUGAAGGGAAAUUGUUCUAGGAUGAGCUUUCAAUUUUGACCGCCGGCAUCUUGCCGACUAAUUCCCGCGGAAUAGUCAGAGAUGUUACUGGCGUGGCAAGAAUGGAGACUCCAUGAAGGAUCAGAACAAAAAUGGGGACAAGGAGAAUGUAAUAAGUUCUUUCUCAUAAUAAUGAGUGGUCCCAGUCUCAGUUACAUUGUGACAAUUCCUAUUGCUACAAAGGAACUAUUUUUAAGCUACAAUACCAAGAAAGUAACUUUAGCAGCCCGAGUGUCUAUUUGUCGCUAAUAGCAGGCCGUGAAACUCAAGAGUAGCAAAACCAUGCUGCGGAUAGGAAUGUAUGCAAAAGCACAGGUAAAACAAACCUCGCAACACUGCUUGUCCUUUGGCUGUAUCAUGUUCAUAGCGUGUGUUUGCAAGUUCAAUGUGAAUUACCAGCUCGUGCAAGUUUAUGUUAAGCUUGACAUACUCAGGGCGAUGUCAUUUGUCCCUUUGCUGUUUAAGGCAGGGACAAAUGCAGCAAGCAUAUGGCUCGUAGUACAUCUAAGGACCCAUGUUUUUUGCAGAAGUACUACUUUGACCGCCGGCAUCUUGCUGACAAAUUCCUACGGAAGAGUCAGUGAUGCCAUCCGCGUGUCAAGAAUGACGACUCCAGGAAGGAGCGGAACAAAAAUGGGGACAAGGAGAAUGUAAUAAGUUCUUUCUCAUAAUAAUGAGUGGUCCCAGUCUCAGUUACAUUGUGACAAUUCCUAUUGCUACAAAGGAACUAUUUUUAAGCUACAAUACCAAGAAAGGAACUUUAGCAGCCUGAGUGUCUCUAUUUGUCGCUAAUAGCAGGCCGUGAAACUCAAGAGUAGAAAAACCAUGCUGCGGAUAGGAACGUAUGCAAAGGCACAGGUAAAACAAACCUCUCAACACUGCUUGUCCUUUGCCUGUAUCAUAUUCAUAGCGCGUGUUUUCAAGUUCAAUGUGAAUUACCAGCUCGUACAAGUUUAUGUUAAGCUUGACAUACUCAGGGCGAUGUCAUUUGUCCCUUUGCUGUUUAAGGCACGGACAAAUGCAGCAAGCAUAUGGCUUGUAGUACAUCUAAGGACCCAUGUUUUUUGCAGAAGUACUACUUUGACCGCCGGCAUCUUGCUGACAAAUUCCUACGGAAGAGUCAGGGAUGCCAUCCGCGUGUCAAGAAUGGCGACUCCAGGAAGGAGCGGAACAAAAAUGGGGACAAGGAGAAUGAUGCAACUGCUGGUGGCAAUUGUCCCAUGGAAGUGCUGCAGCACCCGAGGUAUGUAUGAGAAAAACUUCUACGAAACUGUAGCUGCACAUAGCACCAUUUGCACAACUGCAUAAUUUGUGGCCAUGCUGUUGAUCUGUGACAUCCAGCGCACAGGAACAAUGUUAAUAGCAGUAAAGUGACACUAGAGCAAAACACUCAUUGAGAUAAGACUGACAAAUUGUCCAUUGAAAGGUCUGUAUCGAUUAAUUUUGUGGUGAGAAACAGAUUAAUUGAUGAAAAGAACGAAGACUUCACUGCAAGUUUUUAAAUUUUGCACUGAAACCACAGCGUUGGCAUGUUAAUGUGAUGCAGAUUUCUGAGUAUUUUGUCACAUUUGCCUUGUUCAAAUUUGCUCAAGAGAAACCCGUCCAUAUUCAGCGAUUUUACGCUCAAGCCUAUGCAUAGUGAAAAGUGAAAGCAAGCAUUACAAAGAGGACAAGAGGCCUUUUCUGGCUUUACUGUAUUCGUCUGCAAGUGCUAGUUAACCAGUGAGGAGCUACAGUGCAUGAAUUAUGGCAUAAAAUAAGAAAGUAUUUUGGCUAACUUACUAUAUGUACUUGAACCUAACGUGCCAACGAAUCUAAUGUGCACCCAACUGUCGUGGGUUUUGAGAAAAUAAAAGUGCAUCUAAAGGCGAUGCGCAGCUGGUUUGUAGAAGAAAAUAUAGCAUGUCACCACAUUCGCUAUCAGAAGCUAAGACGUGGAGAGUUUAACUUCACUGAAGGGAAAUUGUUCUAGGAUGAGCUUUCAAUUUUGACCGCCGGCAUCUUGCCGACUAAUUCCCGCGGAAUAGUCAGAGAUGUUACUGGCGUGGCAAGAAUGGAGACUCCAUGAAGGAUCAGAACAAAAAUGGGGACAAGGAGAAUGUAAUAAGUUCUUUCUCAUAAUAAUGAGUGGUCCCAGUCUCAGUUACAUUGUGACAAUUCCUAUUGCUACAAAGGAACUAUUUUUAAGCUACAAUACCAAGAAAGUAACUUUAGCAGCCCGAGUGUCUAUUUGUCGCUAAUAGCAGGCCGUGAAACUCAAGAGUAGCAAAACCAUGCUGCGGAUAGGAACGUAUGCAAAGGCACAGGUAAAACAAACCUCUCAACACUGCUUGUCCUUUGCCUGUAUCAUGUUCAUAGCGCGUGUUUUCAAGUUCAAUGUGAAUUACCAGCUCGUGCAAGUUUAUGUUAAGCUUGACAUACUCAGGGCGAUGUCAUUUGUCCUUUUGCUGUUUAAGGCAGGGACAAAUGCAGCAAGCAUAUGGCUCGUAGUACAUCUAAGGACCCAUGUUUUUUGCAGAAGUACUACUUUGACCGCCGGCAUCUUGCUGACAAAUUCCUACGGAAGAGUCAGGGAUGCCAUCCGCGUGUCAAGAAUGGAGACUCCAGGAAGGAGCGGAACAAAAAUGGGGACAAGGAGAAUAAGUACUACUUUGACCGCCGGCAUCUUGCUGACAAAUUCCUACGGAAGAGUCAGGGAUGCCAUCCGCGUGUCAAGAAUGGCGACUCCAGGAAGGAGCGGAACAAAAAUGGGGACAAGGAGAAUGAUGCAACUGCUGGUGGCAAUUGUCCCAUGGAAGUGCUGCAGCACCCGAGUGGUGGGCCUAGGGACAAGUUUCGGCUGCAGCCAAAUCCACACAAUCUGGAGCCAGAAAACAUGGAUUUUGAGAAGCUGAAGCAUCUAAACACACAGAGGCCGAAUCCGCCGCAACUGGGCCUCAUGUUGCAACAGAGGCCACGAGCCAGACAGGGAGUGCGGUCGUGUCAGGCCAGAAACCAGCGGCAUUCUUUGCGUCACCAGCAACAGGCACAGCACCAGCAGCAACAGGGUGCUCGAGCAGAGGAUCACGUAGCAUCUGAGCUCAAAGAACAGCACAGCAACAGCACCUACUAACAAAGCGAACACGUGUACAGCCGGCUACCAUUGCAUCGUCACUACUGCACGACAACUGCGUACAUCGGAACAACCGCGCUGCGUGCAGUGACUGCCGGCGGAGACAAGCUUUCCUAAGCGGCUGGCUCUGGACGGUGUUCUUCAUUUUGGCAGCAGUGGUUGUGGCGUAAAGUACGGUCCUAACCAUUGCCUCAAUUUUU